CGGAAGUCGCUCCGUCUCCUCGCUCCUCGGGCGGAAACCCAGCCCCGGCAGAGAGGUUCCGGGGCUAGGCUGGGCUAGCGGCGGCGGAAUGGACGCCGGCAGCGAGGCCGGGGAGCCGGGCCGCCGCCCGACGCUGGCCGCCUCCUGGGAUGCCGCCGGCGGAGUCCUGACCCAGAGCCUCGUCCUCGUGCGGGCUGGUGUGGACGCCCGGGACCCGGACUGGGAGGAGCUGCUGGCGCCGCCGGCUCCGGGCCAGGGCCUGGUGCGUUUGGAGAGGAGCCCGGGCAGCCAGGACGAGGCCGCCUGCUUCCUGUACCUGCUGUGUGACCCCGAGGCCGGGGACGCCGUGGCAGCUGUCGGCGUCCUGAGUUCAGCGAGAAACAUGGAGGUGUACCUGGGCCAGGAGUACUGUGGAACCAGUAGGGGCGAGAGCGUCGGUGCCGUCCCGAGGGGCAGUGAACAUGAAAAGAUUAUUUUGUACAAAAACUAUCUAAAAUUGGAGUCGUGCACACAGGCUUGUAAGAUAAAGUUGCUGUCGUUGCAUGAGAAGCAGUGUGUGUUCCUCAGUAGAGUUGUGGUGCACGUGAGGUCGGUUCCGGCAAAUUCCUCAACACGCUCUCCUGCUCUAGGGUCCAGGAUAGACCUGGACAAGGUCCAAACCAUGAUGCAGUCCAUGGGGUCCAAGUUAUCGCCUGGUGCCCAGCAGCUGAUGAAUAUGGUUCGGUUCCAGCAGCAGAACCGGAUUCCCAUCGGGGAGCAGCUGCAGGCGGUCCUGGGGAGCCCUGGGUACCAGCACCUGGGUGCGCUGCAGUCUCCAGCGGCCGCAGGAGCCCCCGCCAAGUCGGCCUGCACACCUGUGCCGGUGGGGACUGCACUGGCGCCCGGCGACGCCACGGAAAGCACACAGGUGCACGGUGGAGAAAACACCGCAGCCCUGGACGGGUGCGGAACGGAGCCCCAGACCCGCCCCGCCCUCGCAAGUGAGCUGAGAACUGCGGUGUCGGAGAAAGCGGGCGAGGAGCCCGGCGUGCUGCCCUUCCUGCAGACCCUGUGUGGCCAGCUCAGCCGUGUCCGCGUGGCCGGAGCCACCGAGCGCCGGGAGGGCUCUCCCAUGCCCCAGAAAGGCGGAGCACAGCUCGCAAUGGAAACACAACCUGUUUGCUCCUACUUGGAGAAGAUUCUUUCCAAAAAUAUGGAGUUGAUGGAAAAGAAACUCAUGGACUACAUUGAUGAGCGGGUACACAGACUGCAGGAGCACGUGGACCGCCAGCUUGCCGUGGUGGUGGACCUGCUGCAGAAUCCCAGCGCCCCGCCCGCCGGGCUGCCUCUGACGCGUUACGACUCUGGAGAAAGACUUUCCAAUGGAGAGCGAUGAGCGCUGUCCUACACGCCGUGUCCCGGGGGUAUUUAUUACGUAUUUAUUACAAAGUCAGACCCAGCGCUCUGAGAAGCAGGUGUUCAGUGUCCUUUGAAGGAUCGUCGUCUUGUCUAAAGUGACCUCAGUGUUCAUCUGGGCCGCGCUCGUCACUGGGAAUCCAGUACUGUACACUACGAGUUCACACGAUACGGUCAUGAAGGAGGUUUGUCUGCAGUAUUUCUCACUCUUACAGAAAUUCACACAUCUUCUGCGGUGUUUAAGUGUUUAACGAGUUUAAGGAUUUCUAAUGUAAUUCAUUAGUUUGCGUUGUAUGUGUGUUGAUUAAAGUAAAUUUUUUAUUUAUACAAAGACCUUACUUUAUAGUCUUAGCCACCUGAAAAAUAGAGCUUGAAAGUGUUUGAUUUUUUUUUCUUAUUGUUUUUUGGAAAAUUGGAUAAGUAAGAGUUGGAACCUUUAAUUUUGUAUUGUGUAUCUGAGAUAAUGAAUAAGAUGCAGGUUUUUUUUUUUUUUGACAGAUAGAGUUAGACAGUGAGAGAGACAGAGAGAAAGGUCUUCCUUCCGUUGGUUCACCCCCCAAAUGGCCGCUACAGCCAGAGCUAUGCCAUCUGAAGCCAGGAGCCAGGUGCUUCCUCCUGGUCUCCUAUGCGGGUACAGGGCCCAAGCUCUUGGGCCAUCCUCCUCUGCCUUCCCGGGCCACAGCAGAGAGCUGGACUGGAAGAGGGGCAACCGGUACUAGAACUUGGCGGCCAUAUGGGAUGCUGGCGCCGCAGGCGGAGGAUUAACCAAGUGAGCCAUGGCGCCGGCCCCAAGAUGCAGCUUGUUUAACAUGCAAAAUUAUUUCAUGCCAGGGCCAUUAAUACUUUUUUCGCAGUGUCACUGUGGAAAGGAAAGUGAAAGUCAGGACUGACUCCUUCCUAGGAUUGCUCCUUGUUGGAAUUCCGUGCGGUUUGGGUUGUUAUGCAGAAGUCGUCACAUUUGAUCUUGAUAACCCCAAACAGCAUCAGGAAGUCUCAGAGGCGGCAGGUUCUCGACUCCUCUCCCGUGUUCACAGUGGGACGGCCGGGCUCUGCAGGAGGAGAAGGCGGCAGGUUCUCGACUCCUCUCCCGUGUUCUCAGUGGGACAGCCGGGCUCUGCGGGAGGAGAAGCUGUAGGAUUCAAGGAAUUUGCAGUUCUCCCUGGAAGACUCCAUUUUCAGAACUUGUGACUUGCAUGUGUGUUGAAGGUGAGAUAUUUGUCGAAAAAUAAAUGCAUGUAUGCCUUACUUGUCAGGUAAUUCUCGCUGAAAAUGUUUUAUUUUUUAGAAAAGCAUGUCAUACACAUUAUAUUCUGGCAAGUUUGUUUUCAAAACCAGGCCUAAUUUGCAUACCGCUUGUUCAUUUUUGUCCCACAAAGGUGAUCGGCAUGAAGCCACUGUGGUCACCCUGCCAGGCCUUGACGAGCCACUGUUCCUGGGACAGUUGUGACGCACACAGCUGUAUGGCGUUCCUUUGUCAUUGACAAGGUGGUCUCGAUGAAGGCUCACCCGGUAGCUAAUCCCACGGCUUCCAGUGGUGCGGCCUGUUCCCCGAGCCACAGACACGGCUGUGAAUACAGACUGUCAACCCAGCCGGAGUUCUUUUGCUGUGUCCGAUGUUUAAAUGCUACAGUUGGGAAGCACUGUCAUUUCUAAAAGAAAUAUUUGGCAAUAUGAGGUUUGGUAACUUUGUGAUUUCCCUACCUAUCUGUGGACUGCAUGCAUUUGAAUACUCAGAACAAUGCCAGCACAGCAGACAGAACGUGAUUAGUUUAGUGUUUGUGCUAAAAAGCAAAGACAAAAUGUCCCCAAAAGCGUAUCUAUUUCAAAUGGCUGGUUUAGUUUGGUCCCCCGGUGUGAAACAGAAAAGGUGUGAAAUUCAAGUAUUAUAGCAAGGCUUUUUCCAAUUUUUAAUGGUAUUUUCCGUAGUUGUUAAAAUGUAUUUCGUCAAUAGGGAAAAUUUCCUCCUUGACAUGGAAGAAGAUGCUUUUCCACUGUGGUAUUUCUAUAAUUACAUCCACUCACAAAUUUUCAAAUUUGCAACUGCAUCAUAUAACCCUUUGUAGUGAAUGUGCUUAUAAAAUUGAAUAAUUA